AUGGCUGCAAUCAUCUUUCUGUUUCUCACAUUCUCGGCCGUUUGUGCGUUGUACACAGGGAUCGGAUGGGCGAGAUACUACUACCAUCGUCGGUCUUCCAAGGCCAGUGCCUGCCCUCAAGAUGAAAAGACCACCCAGUCUCCCCCGACCUUCAAGAUCCAACCCUUAACCCCCUUCGACUGGCAAACCACCGAACCAGAGAAACACAGGCCUUACAAGCCCAAAUACAACCUCACCAUGUCAAUCGAAAAAACCACCCUCUCGGACCUCCUCGCCAUCGACAACACCUACCUCGACCGAAUCACCCUCCGUCGCCAGAUCAUGGCCGACCACGAAGAAACCGUGCUCGCUGCCAACGACGCCUCUCUGCCCGCCAUCCAGGAACUGUAUACCUGGAUGGUCGGCACGUAUCUUCCUACCCGAUAUCCGGACCUCUUCGUCCUCGUCUCCAGUCCUUCCACCUCACUCCACCACCCCUCCCUCUACAACAAAGUCACGGACGAAUCCUACCCCGUGGCCCUGGACUCCUCGACCUCGGGAGUCGAGAUCCUUCGCACGCUAGGCGGACUUGUCGAAGACGACCUCCUCUUCCUGCUGCCCUCGUCGGACGGCGACGGGUACGCGCUUCAGGCCUUCGUGACCUGCUUCCCGAACGGGUUCGACACGCGCCGCAAGCUGGGCCUGAAGCUGAGAGACAUCCACACGCCGGUGCCGGGGUAUGCGGAGAAGCUGGCGAAGAGUAUGGAUCGGUGGUUUGAUCGGUUAGAGGUGGGGACGGUGGUGAGGCGGUUCAACUGGACCGUCCAACCGCAUGACCGGCUCUUCGCCCCCUCGGGAAACCAUCUCUACGAGGGCGACGACGUGCAGCCCAUCGAGGCGGAGAUUGACCGGAGCGAAUGGCAGACCUACGUGCGCACCGAACGACAAUUCGUCCACCGUCUCCCCCGCACCAGGGCCGUUCUCUUUUCCUUCAAGACUUAUCUCUAUCCGAUCCGGGAUAUCAAGGCGGAGGGACUAGGCGAGACGCUGGCGCAGGCGAUCGACGGACUGCAGGGGGGGAAUGUGCCGGGGAUGUACUAUUACAAGAGGGCGGCGGUGUGGGGGGAUUCGGUGCAGCGGUAUUUGCGGUCAUAG